GCCUUAUUAGAUGGGGAAGAUGAAUUUCUGCAAUGCUAUGUUCAGCAAGAAGAAAUGGGAUGGAGAAACAGAAGAGCAAAGUUUCCUGUCUUUAUAAAAUGAACCAUGGUGUCAUGGAAGGGGAUGUACUUUGCACUUGCACUAUUCUUGGGAAGUUUCUUUGGAAGUAUAUUCAUGCUGGGCCCUUUUCUGCCUUUGAUGUUUAUCUCGCCAGCCUGGUACCGCUGGAUCACCGACUGCAUUGUGGCCACUUGGCUCACACUCCCUGUGGCCUUGCUGGAAAUGGUGUGUGGUGCCAAGGUGGUUGUCACUGGAGAUGGAUUUGUUCCUGGAGAAAGGAGUGUCAUUAUCAUGAACCAUCGCACACGAAUGGACUGGAUGUUCCUGUGGAACUGCCUGCUGCGAUACAGCUACCUCAGACUUGAAAAAAUCUGUCUCAAAUCCAGUCUCAAAAGCAUUCCGGGAUUUGGCUGGGCGAUGCAGGUUGCAGCCUUUGUUUUCAUUCAGAGAAAGUGGGAAGAUGACAAGAGUCACUUUGAAAAAAUGCUGGAUUAUUUCUGUGACAUUCGUGAACCACUACAACUCCUCAUCUUUCCAGAGGGAACAGAUCUCACAGCCAAUACCAAAGCCCGCAGUAAUGAAUUUGCUGAGAAGAAUGGACUUAAAAAAUACGAGUACGUCUUACACCCGCGAACGACCGGAUUCACCUUUGUGGUUGAGCGUCUAAGGGAAGGCGACAAUCUCGAUGCCAUUCAUGACAUAACUGUGGCGUACCCCCAAAACAUUCCUCAGACAGAGAAGCACCUUUUGAAAGGAAACUUCCCAAGGGAGAUUCACUUCCAUGUCCAGAGAUACCCCAUAGAGACAGUGCCCACUUCUAAGGAGGAGCUGGAGCUUUGGUGCCGGAAGCGCUGGGAAGAGAAAGAAGAGAGACUGCGACACUUCUACGAAGGUGGAAAAUGCUUCAGUGCAGCAGGGCAGAGCAUUGUCCCGCCCUGCAAAUCCGAGCUCAGGGUCCUGGCGGUGAAGUGCGCCUCGCUCCUGUACUGGACUGUGUUCCCAGUGGGAAUGCUCGUGCUGCUGUACCUCUACAGCUUUGCACAGUGGUACUUUGCAGCCAUGAUCGUCUUUUUCGUUGUGCAGCAAAAGAUAUUUGGUGGGCUGGAACUCAUUGAACUCGCUUGCCACCAGUAUUUUAAAAAGCAACAGAAAUUUCAUGACACGAAAGUAAAAGUCAAUUAG